AUGGUUGAAUCCUUUGACUCUGAAGAAGAGGAUAAUGAGGAUAAAGAUGGGGAAAGUACUAAUAUAGAAGAGGAAGAUGUCGAGAUUGAAGUAGAUGAGCUUGUCACCAAAAUACAAGACAUUGUUCAGCGAAUGAACUCUUCUCUAGGGAUGAACAAGCACAUUCAAUUCUCAUCCACUUAUUUAUCCACUCGAUAUGAAGGUAAUGUUACACAACAUGGAUCAAUCCCAACUUUAGUGGUAAUUGUUGAGCCACUAAUCCUAGAUGAGAUGUUUCUAAGGAUAGUGUUUCCUUCACCUCAAGCUAUGAAUUUUCCACCUAUUUCAACACUUAUUCAAACUUCUACUAGUUAUCAGUGGGAAUCAAGCUCCACCUUUAACAAAACUAUACUGUACUAA